CUACGCAUUAGACAGGAAGUAGAGUCCAUGACUUCUUUUCAAUUUUACCGCUGUACAAUAUGUAAACAUUCGAUUUAAACUGCCUUAAAUGGCAAGAAAAGAAAAAACAGAUUUUUUCCUAGCCCCAAACAAAGGCGUGAAACCCUUUAGGCUUAACUAAACAUAAAGCGGUCAAGAUCUUAGCGGGACCUUCGUAAAGUUGGAUCUGAUUGGAUAUUUGACAAGAGUUUCAAAGUUUCUUCCAAGAAAUGAAGCCCGUCAUCUUGUUGCUAUUAGUUGUGUGUCUGACGAAGACUCGUGCCGCAAUUGAUCUCAAUUAUCAAACUAUUGAAGACAGUUGCACUUUGCAGAUGACUCAAGGCUACGCCUAUAAGAAUAUUAAUUUGGGUCUUCUUCGCUACCAGCAACAAUGCAAAAAUAUGGAGGAGUACACGAGCUGUGUGUGGAGAAUGCGUCAGAUGUGGGACGUCAUCAACAUAAACAUCCCCAUCUACGACAGAUACUUCCCCAAGAUUGAUGACCUACGCUUUGCCGGCUACGUCUUCUGCAAGGCCUACUUACCAAUAUUGUUUCAGUUGUUUCCUCCCUCGGUUGACAUGUCCUCCUGCUCUGUUCCUCUUGAUCAGUGCAGGAGGGAGUUCGUGAAAGAUGAAGAUGUCAAGAGCCUCAGGGAGGCAGUGAACAACCGAAAUGUCGAGAAAGCUCAAUUUUUGUCCUGCAGGAUUAUGGCGCCCUUCACAAAUUGUAUCCGAGAAGGUUAUCUCAAGUGUAGUGCCAACUAUAGACUCAUUUUUGAUUAUGAAAUGGCCAAGAUGGGAGGCAAAUGUCUGUCACUCAUGAACCUGACUGCUCCGUUGGUUGCAAUGAGCCAGUGUGACCCAAGAUAUUCGCCGCCGGAUUCAGGCAGGGGUUUCGUGACAGAUGGGAGCCAGACUUUAUUUCCCUGCGCAGCUCUGGUCACUUUUCUGAUGCAGAUUUUGAUUCUAGUUAAUAUUCAAUGAGAGCAGUGAACUCAAACAUGAGAGUUGAAGAAAUCUUGAGAACUUAAAUUUAAACAAAAUGCUCAUAAAGCUAUUUAGAUUUAUAUAUAUAUGUAUAUUAAAUGUUAAAAUAGUAAAACAGAUUCAUGAUGGUCUUACAGUGACUAUAAAUAAUAUUGUAUAAUCUCA